UGCUUUGGCCCUCAUGCCAUGUUUAUUUGUUUUUUGUUUAAUAAAGUGCACAACAGCGCUUCACUGCAGUUCUCUAAUUCCUGCAGGUAACAUCUUGAGGAAAAAACAUAAUUAUUUUUAUAUAAUGCCAUAUAUCUAUGGCAUUCCAUCCCAAAGGCUCUUUACAAUAAGAAUAACUGGUGUUUUAAUGAACUUUAGAAGAUAAAGGAAUCCAUAAAAAUGUUACAUUUCUGAACAUACUGUUUUCAUAAAGUCAAUCAGCCCCAAGAGAAGAAAAGCAGUAUGAGGCUGUGGCAGUUAUUGUGCUGUAACCCUGAAUAGCCACUGUGUCAGAUGUAUGACUAGUUUUUCCAUCAGUUGCCAAGAGGAGGUAACUCUGCUUUGAGAGUUACCAUGGAAGCAGAGUGACAACAGAAGUGUGUAGAGAAAAUCAACUGAAUCCGAGGAAGCAUUGCAGGAGAAGAAGAAAAGAAAUCAAGAUUAUGGACACGGUGACAGUGUUCGGUGCUGAUGCGGAGGAAGGACACAGUGUUGCAGUUGCUCUGCUUCAGGAUGGUACUUUCAGGGUGCGAGUGGUGGUUCAGGACCUUAGCAGCCCUUUGGCACAGCGUUUACAGGUGUCCGGGGCCGAGACAGUGGGUGUGGACUUCAACAACUCAACAAGCAUUCAGGGAGCUUUAAAGGGAGCAGCCAAAUGCUUUGCUGUGACGAGUACUGAUUUCACAGCCGCAGAUCCCUUACAGUGCGAGAUUCAACAAGGGUAUGGAAUUGCUGAUGCUUGUAAACAGAACAACAUAAAUCACCUGGUGUUCCGGGGAAGCCACCAUGUGCACAGGAGGUAUGGUCUGCCAGCAAGACACAUGGAUGCCAAGGCCUGCAUUAACGACUACAUGAACGAAAUCGCACUGCCCAAGACUGAGCUCAUCACUCCCUUCUAUUACGAGCACUUCCUGACUUCCUUCAAACCAGUACAGGCUGGGCUUGACUGCUACAAGAUAGCUAUUCCUAUGGGAGAAACGGCCAUGGACAGUAUAAGCAUCAAGCAAGUUGGUCCCAUUGUGACAGCCAUACUUAAACAUCCCCACAACUGGAUCAGAAAGAGCUGCCUGCUGUCAGCUGACAAGAUGAGGAUUGAUGAGUAUGCAGCAAUCCUAACAAAGCACCUGCACCCCAAACAGUUUAAGGAUUCAAGGAUUUCUGUAAGAACAUUUGUGGAGGAUUAUAAAGGCCCCGGAGCCCAGGAUUUUGGCAACAUGUUUGAAUUCUGGAAAAAAGGUGCCCAGAAAACGAACGCUGCAAUUACUUCCUCUCUGUGUCCCGAGAUACAGAGGUUCUCUGAGUGGGUCUCGGCAAACAGGGAGUUUAUCAUUAGCACACUUGAAAAGGAGUCUUCAUAACUGUCUUACAAAAUAUAUACAUUUACAUUUGUGUGUGUUAUCUAGCAUUCUUUAGUGUUGUAUCUGUUUUAUCAUUAUUUACCAUGCUUAGUAACUUAUUCCAGCAAAAAUCUCCCUUUUCACCCACUGGGUCUGUGUCUAAAAGCUGAAGUGAGGUAGUUUGAAAAAUUGCCACUAGG